UAUGAAAAACAUUGCCUUAAAUUAAAUACCACUUGCGAACCCUAGAGGACUACAAAUUACUUUCAAAUGCCACGGUUUGGCGCUAUAAUGGUUCUGCAUUGAUAAUGUCCAUCAUUUUAGAGAGUCGCCAUCUGUUCAAUAAUGAAUUCAAAUCUAUAAUCAACUUUGGAAAUAAUAGUCUGCCCUGCGUCGUAUCAAUUUCAUUUUACUCUAGUUUUUCUCACGAAACUAUUUACUUGUAAAAAAGACUGCCUCAGGGCAUUCGGAAACUCCUCAUCGUUUCCUACCAUUUUUCGAAUCUAAGCCGCCCGAUAUGAACACCACAAGCCCGCAAAAUUCUACUUUGGUUCAGGACUGUUCUGGUGCACUAAAAAAUGCCGAAAUAGUGAUUUUGUCAGCGAUGAACAGCGUGUUGGCGCUACUUUCCGUUGUCGGAAAUGCACUCAUUUUAGCGGCCAUUUACAGAGUUGAAAGCCAGAGGACUCCUUCCAAUGCCUUCGUUGCUUCCAUGGGGGUCGCAGACUUCUCAGUGGGUCUGUUUAUGAACCCUCUGUGGGUUGCAAAGAGUGUGUUGAAUAUCUGGAAAAGUGACAACCAGCUUUCGACUGCCAUUGAGGUCCUGACCAUGCAGACGAUCGUAGCCACUACCUUCAGCUUAUGCGCAGUAAGUGUGGAUCGCUACAUAGCGGUGACUAAAAUGCGUUACAAUGAAAUUAUGAAUUGGAAACGCAUCCGAAGCACAAUAACUUUCAUCUGGAUAUUUUCCUUGUUGUUUGCGUGCUUGCGUCUCUUCAUUACAGAUCCCCUUCAGCUACCAAAGUUAUGGCUGGCCGCGACAGUGAUCACUGUCAUAGCACCUUUAACGAUCAUCUCAAUCUGUUAUUAUCACAUCUUCAAAGCAGCAGGCUUUCAAAUGCGAAAAAUUUCAGCCUCCGUAGGGACUCGAAUUAGUGCCGAUCAAGCUAUCACGCAGCUUAAACACCGUAAGGCCGCUCUAACUAUUGGAAUUGUUGUUGGUGUUUUCACAAUUUGUUGGACCCCAAGUCUGGUGAUCUCGCUCAUUCAGUUCUUUACUACCAAUAAUUGCCAGAAAUUAAUAAUAAAUGGCUAUUGGUUUUGGGGAGCCCUGGCAGAAUUCGGCAACUCGGCUUUUAACCCUUUCAUAUAUUGCAUCAGAAGUAGGGACUUCAGGAAGGCUGUAAAGAAGGCGAUAGGUGAAUGUGUAUAUUGAUUAUAGCUUUUACCUCGGUGAAACCUAUAAUUAACAUUUAAAAAACCAGACAAGUUCGCAGUUUUAAACCAGGCUGUCGCGUAAAAAACAAUUUGCAUGAAAAAUGUGUCACUUAGAGGUUUUAAAUCGAAGUUUUAAUGAUUUUUCGUCUUCACCCCGUAACGUAUCAAAACCUCCCUUGAUAUCACCAAUGCUGACGAACGAAAUUCGCGCAAAGAGCCUCGCUAAGAUCAAUUCGAACUAGUUGUUAAAAGCUCUGGUGAAAGACGUUCAUUGGGAAAAAAUACCUUAUAUUAAGUAAAAUUGAACGGAAAAUAGAUUAGCAUAUAUAUAGUGACUAUUUGAAACUCCAAACAAAGUCCGUAAUAUAUAAAUUUCAAAAGCUAGUUUGGUUUUCUAUGCCAACAUGACAAAUUAUUUAUUCGGCAUUUUGUGAAAAAGUUUCUUAUUAUGUUUAUUGCUUGCUGAUUAGGUAAGGUGUUUAUCGUAAUAAUUUCAGUUCGUCUCCCCUCAGAUGUGCCCCAAUAUGCAAGCCAAGGUGUUCUUAAUAUAUAACAAUUUUUUUGCAUAAUGUAAGUGUCAUUAAUUGACCCCGGAACUUUUGAAACAAAAAAACAAAACAAAACAAAAAAAAAAGAAAACUAGCAAACAUCAUGCAACAAAACAUCCUUUCCCGUAUUUGCAGUUCUACUUCUCAAUAAAACAUAUGUUUCGUUGUAAUUUGGAUAUAUCAACAAAGUUGAAAUGGUAAAUU